CUACUUGCCUGAGUUGGAUGCAGUUCGACGCUCCAAAGUGGAUUUAAAAAAAACGCAAGAACGCAAAAACGCAGGAGCUUCAGUGUAAACACGUGUUCUGACUUAUUAAGAAGACCAAAUAAAAAGUCUGAGUGACUAAUGUCAUCGGAAUAUGUUUUUUUUAUGCAUAUAAUCUUUGACUGGAGGAAUUUAUUUUUAAUGCAAUGCACAUUUUCUGUCUUGUGCAUCCUCUGCACAGUCUUUUGAGAAGUUGCCUCGAAAUUGUGACAGAUGUGAAAGAAAUGAACUCAUAUGUCUUUUUAAAUGAUGACAGAGAAAGGUUGCAUGGGGGUAUCCUGUAGGAGGAGUUCUUUGUGACCAAACAAGUAACGGAUUUUCCCUUAUAAAAAAGGAAAUUGAGUCCGGACCGCUCAAUGAACAGCAUUUUUCGGCGACUCCGAUGUAUACAGCAGGUUCUUGUCCAAGCAGAUGUGUUGUAACACAUAGUCAACAACCUGCAUCCAUAUUUUUUCAAUCUGCAAGCCCUUAUUUUCGUGCCUUCUUAGAUCAUCUUUACACAUGCUUGUGAGUUUAGACACUCACUGACAGCAAUCCCUCCUCAAACAGCAGGUCUCCUGCUUCCCUGCCAGCCCACCCCAAGUUUCAUGGGUUGAACUACCAGAAGUUUAACAAUCUCCUCUCCAUUCUCUCCUCCUCUUCAUCCUCACACUUACAAACAGGCACAAACCCCUCGACCCCCCCACUCUCCCCUCCCCACCCCCCUUCCACCCUACAACGCUGCUCUGUCUAUUCUACUUAGCCAGUACUACCGCCAGCGUGAUGGCUCGUUGUGCCUCAGGCUUGUUUGGACUUGCAACCGCAGCAUCACCCUCCACUACACAGACUAGCCGACGCAGCAGCCACUAAAGUGACAGAGACAGAGAGACAGAGGGGGGGAAAGGGAGAGACAAACAGAGAAAGAGAGCAGUGGCGCAGGAGAGAGGAGGGAUCACCCGUCCCAAUAGCAGAGGGAUUCACCUGUCCCACAGAGCAAGGGGCCCCCCCCCUCACCUGAUCCAUCUGGUCGCAGGGGGGGACCCUGCGUGACCAGGAACGCAACAGGGACUAUGCAGCUGGGACUGGUGGCGCUGGCAAUGGUCUUCCUCAGCUCCAUGGGUCACAGCGAUGCUCUAAAGCUCUCCAAGGCGAGAAGGCAGAGACGGGUUAGUACUGAGGGGCCACCAUCUUGCCCCAAAGGCUGUGAACGAUGCUCUGAGUAUAAUGGCUGCAUUAAAUGUAAGCCCAAGCUCUUCAUCUUCCUGGAGCGCAAUGAUAUCCGUCAGAUAGGCGUGUGCCUCGCCUCCUGCCCCAUGGGAUACUUUGGCAUGAGGAACCCAGAAGGCAACAACAGAUGCACACAAUGUAAAAUAGAAAAUUGUGAAGAGUGUUUCAAUCGCAAUUUUUGCACAAAAUGUAAGGAGGGCUUGUAUUCACACAGUGGGCGAUGUUAUGUCAGCUGCCCUCCAGACCAGCGCACCGUCAAUGAUACCAUGGAGUGUGUCGGUCAGCGCCCUGCAGAGUGCGAACUGGGCGAGUGGAGCCAAUGGGUUUCCUGUAUGAAGAAGAACAAAACAUGUGGAUUUAAGAAAGGCUCGCAGUCUCGGGUUCGUGUGCCACUUCCACAGAUCCACAGCCCAGACACCUCCCCGGCCUUUGUACCCUCACAGACCUGUGUUCCACAGACAGAGAGAAGGAAGUGCAUUGUGACCAAGACACCCUGCGUGAGAGAGAGGAGAAAGGGAGACGGACAAGAUGAUACAAACAGGAGAGAGAAUGCACGCGGGCGAGGACGAGAAGGCAAAGGAGGAGGAGGCGGGGGAGGAGGAGGAGGAGGAGGUGGAGGAGGAGGAGGAGGAGGGGGAGGAGGAAGAGGAGGCGGUGGAGGAGGUGGAGGGGGAGACGGAGGAGGAGGAGGGGGAGGUGGGAAGAGGAGAAAAGGCCAGAGCAGGACCACCACUGUUCCCAGCAUCACAACCAGCUCUGUCUCCUAAACUCCACCGCCUGCUGGAUGAGGCCGAGAGAAAACAAAGACAAUGCCUCACCCAGCAGCACCGGCCAUAGACAAAGAUCAAAGUGAUGAAAGAAUUGAUUAAUGCUGCUAUGCAUUGUAGAAGAUGCAAAGAGAACUGGAAGAUUGCUGCAACACAAAAGGCUCCUCUGAGCCUUUUUGAAUAGAUUAACAUAUCUGGAAGAUACUGGUUUCUUAGUGAUACUCAGAAAAGGAUCUUUGAACUGUGAGGGAUCACUGUUGGACUGCAAAGCCACGUUGAAGAUUGUGGUUGGACAUGGUCCGCGCCAUGAACUAAGAACAGAUUCCUGUGUUUCAAAGGCAGCAUUCAAGCUGGAAGUUUUGAUAUUGAAUGAAGGGUCUCUUCAGUCUCCCCUGGUCUAUGAUGUAUUUUGUUCCAGUCCGGUUUUAAUCGCAAUCUGUUCUCCAUUUGUUUUUAUGUUUGUGAGAGGUGGCAGAUGGAUUUUCUCAACAGCCGCUGUACGUGAUGUUAAGACAGUGAAUAGUAUUAAGUCUUUGUACCUUUAUUUCUUAUUGUGAGAUGAAACAAAAAAGAAAGGCACUGGAAAUCAUUUGUGGUUGUUGAGGACAGAAGGUCUUCGAUGUAUUAUUUUGAGGAGGGAAUCUAUUACAGAACAAGAAGAGGUAGAGGAGGAUUAUCGGGAGCUCAGCUCAUAUCCUUCUCUGGCGUCAUGACACAAACCUUUGCCAUUUGAUAGCUUAGUUAUUUGUCUCUAUCAGAAAAUAACUCAGCACAGAAAACGAGGAAUAAAAACAUGAGUAUUUGCAUGUGUACAUGGUUGCAUGUGCGUGCCUUUGUGCAUGCAAACGUGUGUGUGCGUGUAUGUGUGUGUGUUUGUCUCUACCUAAAGUCUGGGUGUUUGUGUACUUUGUAUGCAUUUCUGCACGGAAUCAAGUUGUCGACGGAACUUAAAUGUUUGUACAUGUGUGUUUACAUUUGCACAUAUGUGUUACUAUUAGUCUCAUAGAUUGAAGGAAUAUGGUCUGGAAAACAAGAGGAAGGAAAUGUAAAUGCACAGUGAUAUAUCAAAUAUGCAGUAACUACAAGCCACUGAUUAUUAUAUAAGCCAUCAAAUCAUCAGCUGCUCAGUAAUCAUGUCUGUUUGCAACAGGGUCUGAAGAUUUUGCACAACUAUAAUGUUUCCUACUGCUAAGUUUCAGAACAAUCAUAGCAUUUUACACAUUUAUACUCCAAAAUCUGGCUUCAUGACAUUGCAGAUACAGGGAAAUGUUUUUUUUUUGUCCGAGAAUGUUUUCCAUGCAUCUGUUCGCUUUACACAAAAUAUUAGUUUCAGGAGAAGUUACAUGCUACAUUAUUCAUUCAUACUAUGGAUUGUGAUACCAUAAACUGUGUUUAUCAUCAAACAAGAAGUAUUAGUAUCAUCAUGUAUAGCUUAUUCUGUGAAAGCCUAAA